AUGGCACAGCACCCUGCCAUCGCAGCCCGCUGCCGCGCCGUGCUCGAGUGCCCGCUUGCGUCCAAAGAGCUCCGUGACGCCGCGCACAAGCUGCUGCGUGCUCCACCGCCACCGGCGCAACAACGGCUCUCGGACCCGCCGGCGACGGCAGCGACGGCGGCGGCCGUGUGGACAUGUCGCUCCUGCACGCUGGUCAACGGGCAGGCCAACGCCAGCUGCUCUGCCUGCGGCGCGACCCGGCCUCUCGUCGUUGGCGCCGCAUGGUCGUGCCGCGCCUGCACCUUUGUGAACCGCGCGCAGCGGUCAAAGUGCGAGGUGUGCGCGGAGCCUCGACAUGCGCCGGGCGGCAGGGCCGACGGGAGGGCGGAGGGUGGAGGAGGAGGAGCGGGAAAGGCGGAGCAGCGGAAGAGAGCGCGCCAGGCCUUGGCGAGUGGCGACGAUGACUUUGCUUCAACAUAG